AUGGAUCUGGAUGUACAUCAGGAAGCCACGGAAAUUAACUCUGAUCAUGAACAUGAAAUUGGCAACCACCACCAAUCAAUCGUCCCUCCACCGCGUAGACAAUACCAGUGGUAUCUCGAAAUGGUCAUCUAUGCACUUUUUGUUCUUUCCGGCCAGUCGGCUGCAACACUCUUGGGGAGACUGUAUUAUGAAAAAGGCGGAAAAAGCAAAUGGAUGGCAACACUUGUGCAAUCUGCAGGCUUCCCAAUCCUCCUCCCCCUCCUAUACAUUUCAGUGACAAAAAAUCACACUGCAAACAGUACAAAUGCACCUUCCACCUUAGUCAUUGUAUCAGUUUAUGGUCUCCUUGGCCUUUUUCUAGCAGCUGGUACCAUCUUGUUUGUAAUUGGUCUCUUAUAUCUUCCUGUCUCUACUUUUUCCCUCAUUACUUCAACCCAAGUUGGCUUCAAUGCUAUUUUCUCUCGCUACCUCAAUUCACAAAAGUUCACUCCUUUCAUAAUCAACUCUAUAGUGCUUCUCACCACCUCCUCCUCUCUCCUUGUCUUCCACAAUGACUCCGGAGAGUCCAGUAAAGCCUCUAAAGGGAAGUAUGCAAUCGGGUUUUUAUGCACUGUUGGUGCAGCCACGGGUUAUGCAUUAAUACUAUCCAUUUCACAGCUCUUCUUCAGGAAGAUCUUGAAAAAGCAAACCAUUAGAGAUGUCCUGGAUGUGACAAUCUACGAAUCGCUGGUUGCAACUUGUGUCAUUCUUGUCGGGCUUUUCGCUAGUGGAGAGUGGAAGAGUCUGAAGACAGAAAUGGAAGAAUUUGAACUAGGGAAAUCAUCCUAUGUGAUGACACUGGUAUGGACAGCUCUGGCAUGGCAGGUUUUCAGUAUUGGAAUCGUCGGGUUGAUUUUUAAGGGCUCGGCUCUCUUCGCCAAUGAGAUUAGUACUCUAACUUUGCCAAUUGUUCCAGUUCUUGCUGUGAUCUUUUNCUGGACGUGGGGCGAUCCAGGGGACAUAUAUGAAUGA